AUGGAUGUACGAUUUUAUCCGACUGCUGGUGGAAAUUCUAUUCCAGGAGAUCCACCAAACCUGGAUUUUGCCCACUGUCUGGGCUACUACAACUUCAACAAGUUCCAGAAUAACAACAACUACAUGAACAUGGCGGAGGCUAAUGGUGCCCUGCUCGCUGCUGGUGAUACGUUUCACACACCCAGUUUGGGAGACGAGGAGUUUGAGAUUCCUCCCAUUACACCUCCACCUGAGACGGAGUCUGGUCUGGGCCUAACGGAAGUGGACUCUCCCUACCCGGUAAUGCCAGAGCCACCUCCAGCUCAGCACAGGGGUCCUUUAAUCCCUCAGUUCCCUCCUCAGAGCUUGGAUCUGCCCUCGAUUACCAUCUCACGCAACAUGAUGGAUCAAGAAGGGGUGUCUGUCAACAACGGCCAACCUGUGAAUGUUGGACAAGGCCACCUUCGCCAGUACCCUCCCAACCCGGCCAUGGUGAUGAAGUCUAUCAUCAGCAUGAACAGUCCUAAUGGUAUGAUGUCAAGGAAUCAGCUGACCACCAUCAACCAGUCCCAACUUAAUGGCCAGUUGAGCUUAAACAUGGCAGGAUCUAACAUCACCCACACUUCCCCAUCACCCCCUGCCAGCAAGUCAGCCACACCAUCUCCUUCCAGCUCCAUCAAUGAAGAUGACCAGGAUGAUGGCAACAGGGUCAUUGGUGAAAAGCGACCAGCCCCCAUUGAUCCGACAAAGAAGCCCAAAACACCCAAGAAGAAAAAGAAGAAGGACCCCAAUGAACCCCAGAAGCCGGUGUCAGCAUACGCCCUGUUCUUCAGAGACACUCAGGCUGCUAUCAAGGGUCAAAAUCCCAACGCAACGUUUGGGGAGGUGUCCAAGAUAGUAGCAUCCAUGUGGGAUGGCCUGGGCGAGGAGCAGAAACAGGUCUACAAAAGCAAAACAGAAGCUGCCAAAAAAGAAUAUUUAAAAGCCCUUGCAGCAUAUCGCGCUAGCUUGGUUUCCAAGGCUGCAGCAGAAUCAGCUGAGGCCCAGACUAUCCGCUCAGUGCAGCAGACCCUGGCCUCUACCAGCUUGUCCCCAGGCCUGGUUCUACCUUCACCCCUGAACCAGCACCCCUCCAUGCCAUCAGCUUCCCAGGCACUUCAGCAAGCCUUACCACGGGCCAUUGCCCCCAAGCCUCUGCAGAUGAGACUAGGGGGCAGCCAGAUCGUAACUUCAGUCACAGUUUCCCAUCAGAACAUGCCCUCUGGGAUGCCACCACAGCUGCUUGGCCAGAUGGGUGCAGGAGGAUCUAUGGUGGCGGGAGCACAGUCCACGGCGGUGUCCCAGAUGAGUCCUCCAAUGCAGCCAGUGCAGCAGCAUGCAAUGCAGCAGCUCCAACAGCAGCAACAACAACAGCAGCAGAUGCAACAACACCUCCAACACCAUCAGAUGCAGCAGCAGCAGAUGCACCACCAGCAGAUCCAACAGCAGAUGCAGCAUCAGCAUUUCCAACACCACCUCCAGCAACAGCUGCAGCAGCACCACAUGCAACAGCAGCAGCAGCAGCACCAACAACAACAGCAGCAGCAGCAGCAGCAGCAGCAGAUGCAGAUGCAGCACAUGCAGCUGCAGCAUCAGCUGCAUCAGCAGCAAAUUCAACAUCUCCAGCAGCAGCAACAACAGCAGCAGCAGCACCAGUCCCAGUGUUCUCCACCCCAUCACUCACCUGGUACACCCCAUUCAGUGGGAGGCUCGGCAUCUCUUGGUAGCCCUCAGCCCCCCCCACAGCAACAGCCGCACCCCUCCCAAAUCCAGGCCCAUGCCCAGGUCCUGUCCCAGGUCAGCAUUUACUGAGCCAAAUGGAAAUCCUAUCUCAAAGAACAGGAAUAGAAUAAAAGCAUCAUUCCAUGUUGCUUUUCUAAGUUGCACUUAAGAAGUGUGUAAGAUUUAGAAUGUUAUACAAAGAACCUGUCCAUUGUUAUAGACGGAUAUGCACACAUGUGUACAGGGGGUAAACUAGCUGGGUUUUUGUCUAUAAAAUAGGCUGAGCUAUGACAGAAGCCUGUUAGGGUGAGUGCCCAGUGAUUGUUUGUUUUGUGAGGUCUUUCAGUUGUCAAUUUAAAACUGACUGGGCACACAAUAUGUUGAAAGACGUGUGUCUUUCACUGUUUUAUUUAACAAUAAAGCUUUAUUUAUGAGGCCAGAGUUGACAGUUCAGUGCAGCAGAAGGACAUUUUGAAUGCGUCUCAACAAAAGGAUUUUUAUCAGCUCUUGCCGGGACUGAAUGACUCACCGGAUCUUUGCUGGAAACCAGUAACACACAUCAGUCUUUGGUCCCACACUGGCCAGUAUAUAGCAAGACUUUCUUCACUCCAACCUCUCUUUUUACCCAUCAUUCUUGCAGAUUUGUUCAUCAGUGGCUUGGGGGGAGGGGGGGACGAUCAAACAUCACCGUGAUAUUUGACCACAUUUAAACCAUGUCAGAAAUGCAGACAAUGUAUUGAAGAAUAAGAGAAACUGAAAUUAGAAGGUCUGGGACUUGGAUCUCUGGAUGAAUGACUGAACAGACUGAGACAGAAACUGCCAUAAAUCAUUAAUGUCAUCACAUCAUCAAACUGUAGCUGUAAUCUGCUGUACAUGUUUUGUAGAGUGGGAAGAGACAAGACCUCCUUUAUCCAGUAAUCGACCCUAGAGAUGAUUUGCCCAAAAGCGUGUAACUGGCAACCCCAAACCUUUGUUCUUUAAUGUAUUUGUUUUCACUUCAGAUGUUUAACAAUUAAAUUAUGUUUUUAUUUUGUGUAACAAAUGGGAUAUUUUAUGGUAAAUACAAAAUUCGGGAUCAAGGCAGAUGGUUUGGGGAUUGAUGUAUUUUUACUCUGCUCCUUGAUACCAUAAUUGUUUAAAAAAAAAAAAAAAAAAAGGAAAAAGAAACCUAGCAGAGCCAGUUUGUUGCACUGCCAAAACUAAAAAGGCAUUGGAGGUAUUUUUGCCAGCUGUACAAAUGUCCCUUAAAAAAAGAAAAUGUACAUUUUUCAUAUCACCUGUUGUAAAGUUUUAAUAUGUGAGGCUUUAAUUAAAACAUUGUUAAACGA